AUGAAAAUGAUUUUACCAGGGAUACUUCUUGUUUUAUCCUGUUUGAUUCCCAUCACUGGUGGCACGGACGACGUUACACAACAAUGGUAUUACACUCAAAUGUCACAAAAUGUUGUACCACCAUACAAAGAAGCCUAUACAACUUUACAACAAAAAGUUCUGAAUCCACUCUUGACUAAUGUUAAUACAACGAAUGAUACAGCUGUCAGUCAACUCGUUUCAAGUUUAACCUGUUCAAUUCAAAAUCUUGAUGAUCAGUUGACUACAGCUGUUAAUGAAAGUCAAAAAUUAAGAAUUCAAAUUGAUCAAAACGUUGUUGAGGCUGUUGCGGCUGUCAGUGCUAAGAUGAGCCCAAAAGAACAACAAAUAACAGCUAAACAAGGUGAAAUUCACACAAAAACAACGGAAAUCCAAGGUGUUCAGAAUCAAUUGACAACAGCUGAACAAGGUCUCAGAGAUAAACAACAAGGUUUAGCCGAUGCUGAAAAUGCUCUGCGAAUUGCACAAGAAAAAGUUGAAGAAGCAAAAAAAUGUAUCACUGGUCGUCGUAAAAAACGUUGGUUGGGUUCCAUUUGGAAUCCAAUUCGAGAUACUAUCACUAAGCCAAUUCAAGAAAUUUUAAGACCAGUUCAGGAC